UUGUUUCGUCCUUCUCUCCUCUCCUCCCUUGCUUGCUCCUCUCCUUCUCUCUUCUGCUUCCUUGUUUCCUCCUCUUCUCUCCUUCUUUCCCGACUCUCCAGCUGAUCUUCCAAACUUGGUCAUGUUCUUCGUUCUGCAGCCAAACACUUACAGCAGUCAUGGCUCGCUGCAGGAGUUACUUACGAGGACUCGCCAUCUGUGUCACCGUGCUGCUUCUGGUUUCUGGUGUGGUGAUGAUCGGCGUCGGGUUUUCCUCCAUCGACAGCAACAUGCUAGUUGCUGAGCUGUCCAGCAGCGAUGGUCUGCUGGUGCUGCAGGUGUUCGGUCCGGUCACUGUGAUUUUGUCUGUUCUGGGUGUCUGUGCUGCGACACUGGACCUCAAACCUCUGCUGGUGGUGUUUUCUGCUCUCAUAUUUGUGGAGUUUGUGGCUCUGAUGGUUGUUGCCUCACCGCUGGUUCAGGUUCAAGCUCAGAUGGACAGUGCGGUGGAUGAGGUGUUUCUGAACGUAACUCCCCUCCACAGAGCAGAGCGCUACAUCCAGAACGAGCUGAAUAAACUCCAGGCCUCGGACUCCUGUUGUGGUCUGAGGAGUUUUGAGGACUGGGACGAUCAGCUUCCUGCCUCCUGUUUCUGCACGCCUCCCACUUCCCCUCCAGCCUCCUACCACAACUCUCAGUGGGGUAACUCGAGCUCAGAUGGCUCCUGCGUGAUGGCGGGCAGUGACCUUCACCCUCCGAGCCCGCAAAUCACCGGAAUAUUAUGGGUUCACUCCAAGCCCUGCGGUCCCAUCCUGAAGAGCUACCUGAGCUUCCCCAUCAAACUGAGGAUAGGAAUCAUUUCAGCCUUCGCCACCAUCACGAUGGUGGCCAUUGCUCUGUGUCUGACUUUGGGUCUGGAGAACUACUGGAAGACACCUCCAGUAGAAACCACAGUCGAUGACUUCAACAGGGUGAAAUACGAGCCCAAACCCUCCCUCACCUGACCCCGGACCCUGGACCCCGGACCCCGGACCCCGGACCCCAGACCCCAGACCCCAAGAGUCAGUUCAGACUACUGGUGGUGAUUGCAAAAGGCCAGUAAAACCAGAUCAUCCACUCUUUCCAGGAUCUCAAAAUUCUUUCAAAAGGGCACAUUCAUACUCCAUAGAAACACUGACCUACAUGUGUGACUGAACAGGUGUAGGUGCCACACACAACAUGCGAAUAUCCAGAGUGGGCGAAGUCACUUCCUCUUCCUCUCUGCACUCUGCAGAGCGUUUUUAAACACAAGUUGUUUCUUAUAGACCUUCACACUCAGCGGUGAGCUAACGUUUGGUUUGUACUAGUGCUCAUCUUGCUAGCUUUGUUGUAGCCUCAAUGCAAAAUUCCCAUAGGGAAAAUACAUAUUUAAGGGCAAUUAAUGAUAGAUUAGAUAAAUGUUGAAUGUAAACCUUAUCAUUUCAUGUGUUUUAAUAGUGAUUAUUAUAGGGCUUUUGAGUCGAACACUGUAUGUAUAGUAGUUUCAAAUGUUGUGUGUUUAUAACUGAUUUGUUGUGUCGCCUUCACUGUUUGGUUCAUUUUUCCAAUGAGAACACUUGACUUUAAACACUUGCUUCAUGCGCACUUUGAGGCCCUCAGCCUGAUGAAGGGUCUAAAAACAGCCAGAAAUCCACUGUUAGACAGUUUUUAUCUCUGCUUUUGAGCAGUCAUGAUGCUUUUUUGAUAUCUCUUUUGGAAAAGCUGCUCCAGUGACUCGAGCAGCAAGCAGAAGACUCAGAGCUCUGAAUGUCCUCACUGAGCUCAGGUCUGCUGUGUGCAGAGCUUUCGUGUGAAUCAGGAUGAAUGGCUGCUGCUUGUGAUAGAAGGUUUUGCUCUCGUUUUUAAAGAAUGCAUCAUAAAUAAAGUUUAUUUUAUUGGUG